UGGCAUAAUAAGUUGUUUGUUUGUUGAAUUAGGGGCACCACACCUACAUCUCACCAGCUGUUGGCAGCUGCGUCCGUCACACACGAGACUCCACACACCACAUCACACCACACGACACCAACAACACGCAGCCAACACACACACACACACACACACACGAACACUCACACACGCAUUAUUCUGCUCACUCACAGUCUGGAAAAAACCGAGUAUGGGUGCGUGCUGUGCUGUGCUGGGGGCCACGGCACGGCACGCACGUGUGCAGGACACAAAGAGACACACAUGCCCUUUCCUCUGCAUGGUGUGGUGGGGUAGAGUGAGUGUGGCGUGCCGAGUGCGCGAAAAAAGUGCAUGCAUGCGACGCCGUGCAGUCAGUGAGCUUAGUUAGCGUAGGUAGUGCCUUAAGAGGAUGGGAUGGUCAAGUGUUUGUUGAAAAAAACAGAAGUGUUUGGUGCUCACUCAGACACACACGACCAGUCGAUGAUCAAAUCCCUCACGCACACGCGCACACGCAUUCAUUCUUUCUCUUGGUUCAUUGUCUUGUCUUGUCUUGUGUGGGUGGGCGGGUGAGGUGGGUGGGCAGCGAGGGAAUCGGGAGCUUUUGAUUCGACCUUGGCCACGCCUCAAUCAACCCACCUCUCUGUCUGUCUGUCUUCUUGGCACGGCACGCAGUGCAGGCAAUGCAUUCGGUUCCAUCCAUCCAGUCAGUCAUGUCAUUGACACCACACCACAGCACAAGACACACAGCACACGACGCACACAAGCAUAGAUAGCAUGAGUGAGAUAAAUAACCAAGACACCACACCACACCCGCCACGUGCCCUGCACUGACACAUGUAGAGUAAGUAAGAGUGUCAGGUAGGGUAGGUAAGUAGAUCGGUCGGUCGGUAGGUGGGCCAUCGGGAUUGGAUGGAUGAGGGAGGACACACGAAGAGACAGACAGCACGACGUUGGCCAUGCUGGCAAGGUCGAUUAUGGCUGGCUAUACAGACCUACCUACCCACCCACCUACAGACACGCACACGCACACGCACACAGACACAUACAUUGCAGCCAGCCACUCAAAACGUCCAGGUAGCUUCCAGGCAGCACCCAACCUGGCAAAACAGCCACACACGCCUUAUCUACUCUCUCUUAUCUCUCUACCCCACCCACCUGCCCUCCCUCUACCAUGUGCUCAGGCACCUACCUACCUACGGAGAGAGCCACACAGCCAGCCGGUCGGCAUGCUCGCGACUCCUUUCUUUCGCAGUCAGUCAGUGAGUAGGGGUUUAGAUACAUACCAGCGACACGCACACGAGCCCACGACACGAAGCCAUGAGUACCACCGAACGAACAGACAGACAGACAGACAGAGAGACAGAGAGACAGACAGAGAGACACGAGCGAUAUCCAUCCAAUAACUUACAAUACACGGAGCACCACACCACACCACAUACACAACGGCACACACACAAACAGACAGACCGAUGAGAUGACCCCUCCUUACUCUCUAUCUAGAGGUGUUCAGAGAGACGGCUACGAUGUCCGACCGAUGGCCUUUACAAUGAGUGGGUGUUGAAAGGCAGACAGCUCUGGCAUAAAACAAUAAACAAUACCGACAAGUGGGAGACAGGGAGGGUAAAAGAUCGGCGGGGCAGCCGGCCGGGCAGCCUAACAGGCCGUCCGGCCAGCCAGAAAAAUCCUACAGGUGGGUGGAUAAAGACAUAAGAAAGGCCACUCACUGCACCGCACACAGUUCCGUCAGAAAAACAAACCAUAAACCAGACGGACACACGACACAACACAGCUCCCCUUCCUACCUCCCUACCGCUUUUACCUCCCUGCUGUUUUUACGAGAACCAGCCGGUUUUCCGCCUGACGCAGACCCCUGAGUCAUAGUACCUCUUGAGGGUCUCCCUGACAUCCUCCUCGGUCAGGUUGACGUCCUCGAGCGAGUAGGGGUGCUUGAACUUGUCCCUGUUCUUCCGGUUCUCGUUGACCAUUGCCUGCAUCCUGUCGACGGCCCGUUUGGUGGCGGGGAUGUUGAAGUGCCUGUAGAUCUUCUUGACCGUCCCCACGGGGUCGCCCAGCAAAUCGUCAUAGUGGACGUCGAAGAACUGCUUCUUCAGGUGGGGGUUUCUCGCGCGGAAGUGCAUGGAGUGGUCGACCAUGGAGGCCAUGGCGUCGAGCUCCUGCUGCCCCACGGCGUCGAGGUCCACCUCUUCCAUGAAGUUCUUCCGCACCGAACGCACCAGGCUGCACCAUGACGCCACAGCGUCCUUCGGGUCUCUGCACACCGACCAAACAGAACACAAGACAAUUUAUGUGAGCGGGGGUGAAGGGUUACGUGCCGAACGACGGACCUGUGUGUGUGGAUGACGAGUGCGUCUGGGUAGGCCUCGAAGAGUGCGUCGAGUGCCCAGAGGUGGAAGGGCAUUUUGAGGAGCCACCGGUCCCCGGCCCGCUGCCACUGGAGGUGCUGGAGGAACCGCUUGUGGAAGGCGUAUCCGUUCUUCAUCUCUUUGCAGUCGUCCUUGAAGAGCCAGUCCUUGUACUCGGAUGACCCGAACUCGACGCAUAUCGAGUACGACCGGAAGCAGUGCUCGAAGAUCAUGUAGUCCUCAUCCGGCCAGUCCGCCUUCUGCGCGUGGAUCCGCAUCCAGUCGUCGCUCAUGCUCCAGAUGAAAUCCAACUCCUCUUGCGCAGGGGCCAGCCGGGGAUCCUACAGGACACGUGUACACACACACACGUCAGCGGUGCUCGUGUGGUCGUGCGGCAUGUGGCCCGGUGUUGAAACCUACCUGGUCCCAGUCCCAUGGGGCGUCGUUGGGUACGUUGUGCGGUCUGUAAGAGCCGUCCUCGCCGUAGGGGUAGUUCAUCUCACAGUACAUGGGGGUCCUCAUGGCGGGGUCCUUUGCGAUCAGCCGCUGCAGCAUGGUGGUGCCCGUCCGGUUGAGCCCCACAAUGACCAGCGGCUGACGUAUCUGCUGCCGCUCUAUGUCGGGGUGCAGCCGCGCCAUCUCCUUCAUGAAGAGCAGGUUCUUGAAGAUCUGCCGGCACUUGCGGAACAUGACCAGCUCGCCGAGGAAGGACAGCUUCACGUCGUUGUUGGCGCUCUGGGCCAGCAGCCGCGCCGACUCCAGGUAGAAGUCCUCACCCUCAGCCUCUGUCGCGAACUCCCGCAGGCCGUUGGUGUGUUUCCGCGCGCACUCGAGUGCGUGGUCAACAUCGAUCCUGACGGAGUUGCUUUUGGGAGCGAAGAAGCGGAACUCGAUUUGGUACUGGAAGGAGGCCCGGAAGAUGUCCUUGACGGGCGGCCAUGCCAUGUGUGGGAGCUCGUCGAAGAUGUUUUGGGUGCGGAUGGGGAAUGGCUCGGUCCGCUCGUCGCAGUCGAACCAGUAGGACCGCCAGUGCUGCAUGAGGGGCACGAACUUGAAGACGGGCGACUCGGGACCACGUUUCUUGACAGCGUCGAGGAAGGUGUCGAUCUUGACGCCAUAGUACUUGAUGCCCAGCUCGUCUGCCCACGCCUCAAGCUGACCCCUGCACACGGACAUAGGAUACGAUACGUCAAAUCGAUGCAUGCAUUCGAUUGAGCCCUCCGUGUAAAUUUACUGUGUGACGACGGUUGUGUCGAUGAGGUGGUAUAGCCAGUGCUUCCGCCGCUCAAGGAACGAGGCCUCCACCUAAACGAUCAACGAAUGACACGCAACAGAGCACUCGAUUGACAGGACGAUCGAAGCCCCCACACAGGCUAGCUUUGCGACCUACCAGCAUCUCAGCAAUGGUGUCCACCGGUGUGAAAGGCGCCGUAGACGCGCCGACGGGGAACAUGCCCUCCUCGAUGGAGCUGAUAGUCAGCGCCGUGGCGUAGUCGCCCUUGUUGGUGUACCCUGUCCGCCAGCCGACGAACGUGUUGGGGAGUCGGUACACACACACGGGCAGGCCCAUGUCGCGAGCCUUGCGCAGCACCUGCUCGGCGGCCCACUUGCUCCAGGGGUAGCCCAUGCGGAGAGGAGGGUAGAACUUCUGCAUCUCCUUGGGGUCGGGGGAGGAGUCCUCGGUGAUGAGACGGUCGUCGAAGUCCUGGCUGAAGCAGGCAAAGAAGGCCGGGAAGAUGCCCAGGGUGGAGGCGUGGUGGAGCGACUUGAGGCGGUAGGUGGUGCACAGCCGCAAGACGCCCUUGAGGGCGAGAGUGUUGGUUGCACGGAGACGAGCGUAGUUGCUCAGGAGGUUGACAUCGCCGCCAGUGUGGUGGACCUGAAUGAACGAAGAAACCACACAUAGAGAGUACAUGUCAGUCAACCCUUCGAUCACUGCUACCCCGUGCUGCGCAUGUGCUGUGCAAGUCACCAUGUCGAUGGUUCGGCAGAGUUCCAUGAAUUUGUCCUCGCCGACGCCGAGGUCCUCCUUGGUGAAGUCUCCGGGCAGCGCCUCGAUGCGGCUGGCGUACUCCUCCUUCCACACCUUGGCCUCAUUGCACGCGUCGCGGAUGCGCUGCAUGGCGUGCUUCUCGUCGUUGGCCCGCACCAGGCACGUGACCUUCAGGUUCUCACUCCCCGGCCGGUCCAGCAGGCAUACCACUUGCAGGCGGCCGACAAACCCCGUCACGCCGGUGAGCAGCACGUUCUUGACUUGCUUGGGGUGCCGCAUGGGCAGCAGGGUGUUGACGUCGAACUGCAGCCACUCUGUGAGGUCCUUGAUGUCGUCCAUCGGGUCGACCGUCUUCUCUCGGGGCUUGCCACCGCCCACCACUCCUCGGAUGGCCUCUUCGUAGUCGGUCGCCGCGCCGUCCUGUGCCGCUGCCGGGGCGGCGCCGUUGAGUGGCGAUAGCUCGUCGGAGCUGGAGACGUUGACGAGGGACGAGCGCAUCUUGUCCCACGAGUCGUGGAGGCGCCUGAAGUCCUCCUCGUCCCGCACCUGGCAGACGUCGAGUGCGAGUCGGAGGUCGGUCUCCUGCGCCAUGGCCUCGACGGAUGGGUACUUGGCCUCGAAGACGUCGAGGUACUGGAGGUAGCGCUUGGAGCCGCUGAAGGCGCUCUUGAGCCACUCCUCGACCGUCAUGUCGUGGUAGUCGACCUCUGUCGAUGAGGGCGCCUUGCCGCUGCCCUGCUCGUCCUUGGCCGCGUCGCCCGCCGCCGCCAGCCGCUCCCUGUCCACACCUGACACCUCCUCCACCUUGUCGACAUCACCCUUCUUGCCGAUCUUGGUCGGCCGCCCGUGGGCAGUGUCGAGGAUGAAGUCGGCAAUCACUUCGAUGGUCGGGUUCUCGAACACCAGUGUCUGCGGCAGCUUGACGCCCGUCACCUCCGCAACCGAGUUGCGGAACUCCACAGCCCCCAGUGAGUCGAGACCAAGGUCCAUGAGUGGUGCGUCAGUCGGGGGCUUCUCAGCAGACCCCGACACCUGCUGCGCCAGCGAGCUCAGCAGACCCGACAGGUCCACUUUGCUGAUGGCCUUGAGGUCGAUCUUGCCACCGCCACUCUCGGCCGACGCUGCCAUGGGGAUCUCUGAGAAGAAGGCGGGCAUGUCGCCAUACCGCCGCAGGAAGGUGGCCCACUUGAGGCCCUGGCAGCCGACCACUGACGGCCCGCGCAUACCAGGCGCCAAAGAUUGCUGCCGCAUGACGUCCCCCAUGACACGAAGACCGAGUUCGUUGGUGAUGCCGCGCAUGCCGACCUUGUCGAGAUGCUGCUUGAGCUCGGCUGCCAUGCCCUGUUCGAUCCACGGUCCCCACUGGAUGCUCUGACACGGCAGGCCCUGCGACUUGCGGUAGAGGGCGAGGGCGUCCAGACACGAGUUGGCCGCCGAGUAGUUGGACUGGCCGAAGUUGCCGAGCAGGGAGGCGACGGACGAGAACAUCAUGAAGUGGUCGAGAGGGAUCUUCUUGCCGAGGGACAGCUCAUGGAGGUACCAUGCACCCAUCACCUGCACACACACGACAGAGGAAAGGUAUGAGUCAACAACCUCGUUGGGAACGAUUCAUGUUCGGGUACCCACUAACCUUUGGCAAGUAGACCUUCUCCACCUUGUCUUUGGUCUGGUUGUUGAGGGCAGCGUCGUCAAGGACACCAGCUGCGUGGAAGACUCCACGGACUGGGUUCUUGGGCAGCUUCUUCUUGAGGUCAGCGAACAGCUUCUCGCACUCGUCAUUCUUGGACACGUCCACGGCCAUGCAGUAUAUGGCCGCCUUGGAGCGGCCCUGAGGCUCGGGCGCCGUCAGCUUCGUCCACAGAUCGGAGGCAGCAACGGCAUCAGUCGGCUUUCCGCGCCUGGAUAGCAGAGCGACAUUUUUGGCUCCCUCCUCCACCAGCCAGUCUGCGACGAGGAGUCCGAGUCCGCCGAGCCCUCCGGUAAUGACGUAGCAUCCGUCAGUUUGGCGGUCGGCCGGUGUCGCCUCGUGGCGCUGUGCGUCGUCUGUGUGGGGCGGUGCGAUGGCUGAGGGUAUCUGUAUGAUGACCUUGCCGAUGUGCUGCGCCCUCUGCAUAAACCUGAAGGCCGCGAUGCCGCCGGUGACGUUGUCUGCGGUGCUCAUGUCGAAUGUGUGGAGGGGGAUGGGUUUGAUCUUGCCG